AUGAGCAAAUUGCCACCAGGAUUUCGGUUUCAGCCUACAGAUGAAGAGAUUGUGUUUCAGUACUUGGCACCUAAAAUAUUUUCCUGUCCUUUACCUGCUUCAAUAAUUCCAGAAAUCAGCAUUUCCAAAUAUGAUCCCUGCAGGGAAUUUCCAGGGGAUUCAGACGGCAAGGACAAAUACUUCUUCAGCAAUAAGGAACCUGGAAACAGAAGUAGUCGAGCAACAGAAGAUGGUUACUGGAAGGGCACAGGUUCAGAUAAAAGAAUUAUAUAUCGGAAAUGGAAACCAAUAAUGGGGACGAAGAAGACAUUUGUAUUCCACAAGGGGAAGCAUCCCCGAGCUUCUAGAACCGAUUGGAUCAUGCAUGAAUAUCGCAUUACAAUUUAUGGAAACAUAGCUAGUAAUUCCCAGCAGGGAAAAAAUUGUCAGGGUUCUUUAAUUCAAAUAGGAAAUUGGGUUUUGUGUCAUGUGUUCAAGAAGAAACCAAGUACAAAAACUGAAGUUUAUGUUGAUAGGCCUAGGUUUUGUGAGUUCAUGAAAUCAGAAUUAGAAGAUACAAGUUCUUCUUCUUGUGCCUCCUCCUCUUCUUCUAAUUUAUGUUCUGAUCAUUCUAGUUUUUCCUCUGAGGUCUCUUCCAAUGCAGCAAAUGAGGAAACCAGCAGAAGAAAUGUGUAG